AUUGCGCAUGCGUGUACUGUCUCUAACGUGGCAAGUAAACGAAGUUGUAGUUCUCUGGGGGAUUAGCCACGUUUUUGGCUAAGUUGCAGCAAAAAUGGGAACUCUAGAAUGUUGUUUAGGAAUCUUUAUAUCUCUACUAUGCAUAAGCUACAUAAACUGUUACUUUGUUAGCAUAGACGCUAACGCAGAAGAGUGUUAUUUCGAGAGGGUAAAACCCGGCACGAAGAUGAGCUUAAUGUUUGAGGUGGCAGAAGGCGGAUUUCUGGACAUAGAUGUGAAGAUCACUGGACCAGAUGGAAGAGAAAUUUAUUCAGGAGAUAGAGAAUCAAAUGGAAAGUACACCUUCUCUGCACAUAUGGAAGGCGUGUACAAGUAUUGUUUUAGCAAUAGGAUGUCAACAAUGACGCCCAAAAUUGUUAUGUUUUCACUAGAUGUAGGGGAUCAGCCUGGUGGAGAGAAGGAUAAUACCAUGGAGAGUGAUGAUGAUGAGGAAACAGAGGAUGAUGUAGAGGGAGCUCAACUCAAUGCAACAAAACUUGAAAGAGGACUUCGAGACAUAACCAAUGAAAAUAAACUGGUGGAUAUGAUUAGUGAACUGUCCACUAGCCUAACAGGGGUAAAGCAUGAGCAGGAUUACAUGGCUCUGAGAGAAAGAGUUCACAGAGCAAUUAAUGACAACACCAACUCCAGAGUGGUUUUAUGGUCUUUCUUUGAAGCCUUGGUAUUAGUAGCAAUGACAUUAGGACAGAUUUAUUACUUGAAAAGAUUCUUUGAAGUUAGAAGGGUUGUGUAAUGUUUUUUUAAGGUGUGAGUAAUAUAUAUUUGCCAUCAAAAGGAUUGAGGAAGAAAAGCCUGUUGAGAAAAAAAAGGGAGUUUGCUCAGGUUCAAAGAAGGGUAUUUGGAUACCACCAUUAAAAGUCUGCAGCUUCACAAUGUGUUAUUUUGUGUAUAAUUUACAUGUUUAGACAAAAAAAUGGUUCAUGUAUUAAUGAAAAGUGAUUAAGGGAGGGGGGGUGCUUACAUGCAAAGAACUCUUCCGUUGAGUUAAUUGUAUGUUAAUUUCAUUCAAGCCUCUGCUUUCUGUGUUAUUUUUCAAUUUUAUCACAUUUGUAAAUAAGAGUUAAAGUGAAUUAAAAACUAAGAAUUUAAAAAAAAAGUCACUUCACAUUGGUAUCCUUGACUUUUGUAAAUAUAGUAUAUAUAUAUUUCUUUUACAUGUUUAAGUAACAAUGUUGGUUUUCAAAGGGUUGUUUAGUGUAAUCAGAUAGAAGUCAAUUAGUUUUUGUACCAUCAACAGUUUUGUGGUCUUCCUCAACGGUCACUUAUAUAGUAUUACUUCUUUUGUCAUUUCCUGAACAUUCUUCAAAAAUUAACUGUAAAAAUAAGUGUAAUACAGAUUUUCUUACCUUUCUGAAAUAGCAAAGUGAAUUUCAAACUUAUAACUUGAGAUACCAGUGAUUGUUUUACAAAUAAACAAUACAAAACUA